AUGACAACAGCGACAUCAACAGAGGACAUCUCACGUAUAUACUCGGAUCUGCAGACUGCUAUUUCUGCGACUCAUACAGCAUGCAAUCCAUUAUUGAGCCAAGCGCGUACAUCUGACGAGACGCUCGACAUAUCGGAAGGGAUCUCGCUCCUCCUCGUUCGGCCGCAAUUGCUGCUAUCGUCCCUGCACAACCUCAUCAUCCAGACGGCUUUGCGGCUGUCUGGCGCGCCGGCCAACCUGGAAUUGGACGAGGUGUCCCUAUCCAACGCCCAUUCAGCGCUCGAUGCGACUUCUGCCGCACAGAGCGUCGCUGGCGAGCUGGCGGUCAACCAGGAGAUCUUUGACAAGGUCCGGGGUCUAGAGAGCAAGCUGGAGUAUCAGAUCAAGAAGCUGUCGAGCUUGGCAGAAGCGGCGGAGAAGCAGACGAUCGCGCCCGAACCUGAAAACGACCUCCUCUCUUUCCGUCCCAACCCCUCCGCGCUCCUCAAAGCCAAGGUCCCCCGGAAAACAGCAGACGAGGACAGCUCGGCGAUCUACAAACCCCCGCGCGUCGCUGCGGUCCCUUACGAAGCCGAGAAGAAACGGAAUGACCGACGUGCCCCCGCCCUCCUUUCCGAAUUCGCCGACACCCUGGGCUUUGCGCCCAGCAUGGAAUCGACGAGCGGAUUGUCCACGCGCCCAGUCCAAGCGGGCGCGCAUACCAACUCUGUCUCUGCGAAACGGGCGGCGGAGCUGCAGCGGAUGGACCAGUUCGAGGAGGAGAAUAUGACGCGGCUGGUCACGAACAAGAGGGAGGCGAAGCGUCGGAGGGACGAUGAGGAGGCAUUGGCGUUGGGGUACGGGGUGGGCGGGCCCGCGAGGAGUAGGGGCAGGAGGCAGAAUGGGCUGGAGGCGGAGCUGGAGGGCGUGUUGGGCGAGAGGAGGUCCAAGGGGGUUUGGGACGGCGUGAAGGGUCUGGGAGAGAGAGGUUCUGCGCUGGAUAGGGGCAAGGGGAGCGCUGGGGCUGGUUCGGGGAGACCCAAGCAGAAGAAGGCGAGGUUUGAGCAGGAGAUGGGGAAGCGGCGCGCAUAG